UGGAACAAUUCUAUAAAAUUUGCCCACUAUUUGUUGAAUUGAGUGUUUGUUCAAUUGUGUUUUCAAUUUUUCCAGCCUACUACGAGGUAAAGACUGAAGAUGGCAUUACUAUUGCUUAUCCUGAAGACCAUCUCUCGCAUCCCUCCAAUCAGCGUCCAUCAGUACCGGUUGUUGGACCAUAUAUUUGGACUAAGGUUGAUAGUUCAUUGAAACCUAUUUCGAGAGACCGUCGGAUUCGUGAACGACACGAAGGGGACAGUGAGAUUGAAUUCAGAGAAGAAAAUCGCAAACAGAGUUCAAAAUUGUCUGCAAUGAGUUUCAUUAUACAUACUUGGAGACGGCUUAAUCAAAUUAUUGAUACCGCUGUAUUUCCUCAUGUCACAAAAGCUGAUAUUGAGAAUAAGCUACUCAUGGAAUUGGAAACUCGAACUGCAAGAGGGGACAGUGUUCUACAUACUGCUGUCCGUCUUCACCAGUUUGUAUAUAUGGAAAGAAUAUUGGAAUGUAUAAAAUAUCAUAUUGAUGAUAUAUCUCCUAUUGUUAAUUGUCCAAACAUGCUUAAUCGACAAACUCCACUGCAUCUCCUUAUUCAAAUGAACGUUGUUACCGACAUGCUACACAUAAGCGUUAUUAAAGCGUUGUUGCAAGUCGGUGCAGAUCCGAAUAAAACAGACAUAUUUGAAUUCAAUGCAUUGCAUUUGGCUGUCAAGGAGAACAAUGUCAACAUAGUCAAAUGUCUUCUGGAGUUUCCGGGUAUCAACAUCAAUCAAGUUUCGGCUAAUAUGGGAACGCCGCUUCAUAUUGCUGCUGAGGAGAAUAGAGUUGAGAUAGCGAGGCUUUUGUUGAAGCACGGAGCUGAUGUGAACAGUAUCGACCUCCAGAAAGGCCAAACGCCUCUACAUGUCGCCGUCAAGAAGAGCCAUGUGCAAAUAGUUGAACUGCUAUUGAAACAGGCUGAUAUAGACAUCAACAAGGAGGAUUAUAGAUGUCAGACUCCGCUUAAAUUUGCAAUUCUUCGUGCUGAUACAAGAUUGUUGAAAAUUGUCAAUAAACUUGUCAACCGUGGCGCAACUUUUGAAUCAACAAAUUUGGCAGAAGAAACUGAUGAUUCACUGGAGAGUGUUGAAGAAAAUGCAACAAAAACUACUGCAAAAAACAGAAAAAUGCAAACAUUAGCUUUCCUGUUCAGCCAGAUAUCCGUUAAUGAAAAUAUUCCAUCUGAGAUACCGUUCAUCGAUACAUCAAAUAUCGAGUAUUGAGUAGUGGAAGCCAUUUAUUAUUGUGUACUUGGCAAUAUUUUUUAAACAGUUUUAAUCAGCUCUUAACAUUUUUUAUUUAUUAGUAGAGUAAUGUAUUGCAACUCUAAUUUUAUCAAAUACAUUUUUAAAUAAGUUACUAUAAGGUAUAGUAAGGUAUAUUGUAUAAGGUAUCUUACAUAAGAUAUUGAAUUCAAACAUGUUUUUCUAUAGGCAUUGUAUAUUGGAAAAAAAAAUUUGAGAAAAUAUUCAGUAGACAUUCAAUGUGACCGUUUUAUUGGUUUAAUUUAUAUUCAGUAAGCAACAAAACAAAGUUUUGGCUGUCUGAUAUGUGCCAGGUUUCUUUUGAGAGAAAAUGUCAAUUUGGUCAAAGUAGAAUAUUAAAAUAUUAUUUGAUUAAAUGCUGUUUUCAUUGUUUGGUUCAUAUCUCAAGAGAUAUUUUUACUACCUAAAUUUCAUUAUCUCAAACUUUUCAAAAAUCAUGAGUUUGUUGAAAGUUGUUUGAGGGGGGUAUUAAGGUAACUAAAAAUCUACUGGAGGUAGGUAGUCCUGAAUUUUUUUACAGAGUACAACAAUUUUUCCAUAGGCUAUAUUUAUGCCAUUGUUGAUAAAUAAAAAACCUAUGUACCUGUGUUA